AAAAGAGGGAGAAAGCAGUGCAGCCAAAUUCAGAACUAAAGAGAAGAGAAUAAAGACUCGUAACUUUCUCAUUGAAGCUGCCUUCUUACCAACUCCAGAGGAUCUCUACUCUGGACAAAGGAACGGUCCGAACAUGGCAUCAGAGAUCCACAUGCCAGGCCCAGUAUGCCUCAUUGAAAACACUAAAGGGCAUCUGGUGGUGAAUCCAGAAGCUCUGGAGAUUCUGUCUGCCAUUACACAGCCUGUAGCAGUGGUGGCAAUUGUGGGCCUCUACCGCACAGGCAAAUCCUACCUGAUGAACAAGCUGGCUGGGAAGAACAAAGGCUUCCCUCUGGGCUGCACAGUGAAGUCUGAAACCAAAGGCAUCUGGAUGUGGUGUGUGCCCCACCCCUCUAAGUCAAACCACACCCUGGUCCUUCUGGACACGGAGGGCCUGGGUGAUAUGGAAAAGAGUGACCCUAAGAAUGACUCUUGGAUCUUUGCCCUGGCUGUGCUUCUAAGCAGCAGCUUUGUCUACAACAGCAUGAACACCAUCAACCACCAGGCCCUGGAGCAGCUGCACUAUGUGACUGAACUAACAGAGCUAAUCAGGGCAAAAUCCUGCCCCAAACCUGAUGACUCCAGCGAGUUUGUGAGUUUCUUUCCAGACUUUAUUUGGACUGUUCGGGAUUUUACCCUGGAGCUGAAGUUAGAUGGACACCCCAUCACAGAAGAUGAAUACCUGGAGAAUGCCUUGAAGCUGAUUCCAGGCAAGAAUCCCCAAAUCCAAAAUUCUAACAAGCCCAGGGAGUGGAUCAGGCAUUUCUUUCCAAAACGGAAGUGCUUUGUCUUUGACCGGCCAACAAAUGACAAAAAACUCUUACUCCAUGUUGAAGAAGUACCAGAAGACCAACUGGAUAGUAAUUUUCAGGUGCAAUCAGAAAACUUCUGUUCUUAUAUCCUCACCCAUGCAAAGACCAAGACCCUGAGGGAGGGAAUCCUUGUCACUGGAAACCGGCUGGGGAUGCUGGUGGAGACCUACCUGGAUGCCAUCAACAGUGGAGCGGUUCCUUGUCUGGAGAAUGCAAUGGCAGCUCUGGCCCAGCGUGAGAACUCAGCGGCCGUGCAGAGGGCAGCUGACCACUACAGCCAGCGGAUGGCCCAGCAAGUGAAAUUCCCCACAGACACGCUCCAGGAGCUGCUGGACGUGCACACGGCCUGUGAGAGGGAAGCCAUUGCAGUCUUCAUGGAGCACUCCUUCAAGGAUAAAAACCAGGAAUUUCAGAAGAAGCUUGUGGACACCAUGGAGAAAAAGAAGGAAGACUUUGUGCUGCAGAAUGAAGAGGCAUCUGCCAAAUAUUGCCAGGCUGAGCUUAAGCGGCUUUCAGAGCUCUUGAUGGAAAGUAUUUCAAGAGGAACUUUCUUUGUUCCUGGAGGGCACAAUAUCUACUUAGAAGCAAAAAAGAAGAUUGAACAGGACUAUACACUACUGCCCAGAAAAGGAAUUAAGGCAAACGAGGUCCUCCAGAGCUUCCUGCAGUCACAGGUGGUUAUAGAGGAAUCCAUCCUGCAGUCAGACAAAGCCCUCACUGCUGGAGAGAAGGCCAUAGCAGCUAAGCAGGCUAAGAAGGAGGCAGCUGAGAAGGAACAGGAGCUGCUAAGACAAAAACAGAAGGAACAGCAGCAAAUGAUGGAGGCUCAAGAGAGAAGCUUCCAGGAAAACAUAGCCCAACUUAAGAAGAAGAUGGAGAGGGAAAGGGAAAACUAUAUGAGAGAGCUGAGAAAGAUGCUGAGUCAUAAGCUGAAGGUCCUAGAAGAACCACUUACUGAAGGAUUCAAAGAGAUAUUUGAGUCGUUAAAUGAAGAGAUUAAUCGACUGAAAGAAGAGAUUGAAGCAGCUGAAAAUGAAGAGCCCUCAGUGUUUUCACAGAUUCUUGAUGUGGCUGGCAAUAUGUUUAUUGCAGUGCUACCUGGGGCUGCUAAGUUAGUUGAUUUAGGGAUGAAAAUUCUUAGCUCUUUUAUGUAAUAGGCUGAGAAAUCCUGGUAAGAAAAUUAUGAAAUGAGGUUUCUUUUGUUAAAAUGGUGUAACACUGUUGCUCAUUUUAAAAGUAUAUGUGUUAUUGCAGUUUCAUUUAAGAAAAGUUUAAAAUUAAAAAGCAAAUUUCAAAGAAUAUUAUGGCCUGAAGUUCAUAAAAACAAACUUAAUUUUGACUGAAGUAAUAAUUAAUAGAAAUGGUGAACAAGUUAGAAGAUAAAAUUAUCCUAGAAAAGAUUUAAAUAAAGCAAAAAGACAAAUGGUAAGAUGAAGAAAUUAUUUUCAAUUAAUGUUAUAGUCACAGAGAUAAUUUAAGUUAUAAUUAGCUCUUGUAAAUCAGUGAGAAGAGAGUAACACCACAUAUUUUAAACAGGCAAAAAUAUGAUAAAAAUGUUUAAUUUUACUGACAAUAAAAG